UCCGAGAAACGAAGCAAAAGGCCCAACCCAAUAAACUAUGCACGACAUCGCUGAAACAACAUUUCCGAUCCCAUCAUUUUAUGCUGAUUGUUCCAGUACUCUCUUGAAGAACCCUAGCUUACGGGUUUAGAACUACCUCUGAAUCGAGUGCUGAAGUUGCCGACUAUUGUUGUCUUAUUAUUCAAUAUCUUAGUAAGAGUGAACGUAAAAGAAUAUGCAAGUCGAAAGUGCUCUAUCCGUGGUUGGUCCAAAGCCAACAGAGUUGUCUACUUUCACACACAGCUUCGGGCCACCUGGGGCAGGACCCAAUGGGAAACAGCGGACGUCAAGCUUAGAAGCACCUAUUAUGUUGCUGGCUGGGCAUCAGAGUGCAGUCUACUCAAUGAAGUUUAACCCUGCUGGGACUGUCAUUGCAUCUGGUUCGCAUGACAGGGAUAUCUUUCUGUGGAAUGUGCAUGGUGAUUGCAAAAACUUUAUGGUCUUGAGAGGGCACAAGAAUGCUGUGUUGGAUGUUCAGUGGAAUACUGAUGGUUCGCAGAUAAUAUCAACAAGUCCUGAUAAAACUUUAAGGGCAUGGGACGUGGAGACAGGAAAACAGAUUAAGAAGAUGGUAGGGCACUUGUUUGUUGUGAACUCUUGCUGUCCUGCUCGGAGGGGGCCACCUCUUAUUGUGAGUGGGUCAGAUGAUGGAACUGCAAAACUUUGGGACAUGCGUCAAAGGGGUUCCAUUCAGAGUUUUCCAGACAAAUACCAGAUUACAGCGGUCAGUUUCUCUGAUGCAUCAGAUAAGAUUUACACUGGUGGCAUUGACAAUGAUGUUAAGGUUUGGGAUUUACGAAGAACUGAUCCUGUUAUGAAGCUUCAAGGACAUCAAGAUAUGAUUACUGGUAUGCAGCUCAGUCCAGACGGCUCUUACCUUCUCACAAACAGCAUGGACUGCUCUCUUCGAAUAUGGGAUAUGCGACCAUAUGCCCCCCAAAAUCGCUGUGUGAAGAUUCUUGAAGGGCAUCAACACAAUUUUGAGAAGAACCUGCUGAGGUGUAGCUGGUCGCCUGAUGGAAGCAAAGUCACUGCUGGUAGUAGCGACUGCAUGGUUUACGUAUGGGACACUACUUCAAGACGCAUAUUAUACAAGCUUCCAGGCCAUACUGGGUCAGUGAAUGAAUGUGUCUUUCAUCCCAAUGAACCUAUAAUCGGGUCUUGCAGCAGCGACAAGCAGAUAUAUCUUGGUGAAAUUUAGCCCAAUUAGUACUUUAUCCAAUGUCAUCCUAUAAUUGAGAAAGUGACAGUCAUCGCUAGGACCUAUUAUGUAAGGACUGUGGAUUCAUUCUAGGAUUAUGAUAUGUCUUGGUUUCUGUAGGUUAGUGUUUUGAAGAAGAUGUUACGCCAUGCCAAAAUGCCAGUCUCUUUUAACAUAUA